AGGGCCGCGCCGGCGCGCGGGCCGCGCGAGCGGCUUUGUGGGCGGAUCUUGCGCAGCCGCCGGGACCCUUGCGUGCACCGCUUUCCGCCCCCGGCCACCCGCGCCUCCACGGACACGCACUUCCUGCGAGGCCUUCCUGCGCACCUUAGGCGACCCGAACCCAGCCGAGCCCAGCCCUGCCUUUCCAAGCGGUUCGCCAUGGUGGACGAGCUGGUGCUGCUGCUGCACGCGCUCCUGGUGCGGCACCGCGCCCUGAGCAUCGAGAACAGCCAGCUCAUGGAACAGCUGCGGCUGCUGGUGUGCGAGAGAGCCACCCUGCUGCGCCAGGUACGUCCGCCGAGCUGCCCGGUGCCCUUCCCCGAAACGUUUAACGGCGAGAGCUCCCGGCUCCCCGAGUUUAUCGUGCAGACGGCGUCUUACAUGCUUGUCAACGAGAACCGGUUCUGCAACGACGCCAUGAAGGUGGCAUUCCUGAUCAGCCUACUCACCGGGGAAGCCGAGGAGUGGGUGGUGCCUUACAUUGAGAUGGAUAGCCCCAUCCUCAGUGAUUACAGGGCCUUCCUCGAGGAGAUGAAACAGUGUUUUGGUUGGGAUGACGACGAAGAGGACGACGACGAAGAAGAAGAAGAUGAUUACUAGGCCUGGAGACCCUCGGGCCUAAGGGGGAAGGGCUCUGCACGCCGCCACCUCCCCCACCCCCCCUUCCUGCUCCUCCCGGAGCCACCCUUCUCCCCCUAGCCCGCCCAUCUUCUUCCCUCUCCUACCCUCUGGUCCUCUCCCUCGUCCCCCCUCCCCCCGGAGCGCUUGUCUUUGUUCCAGAAAUUGUGCUCCAGUUACGUGCUGGGGCUGGGGGUUUGCUCUGAAGCGCGCUGCCACCCACUCUGGCCAGCCCCGGGAAGCACCCCUGCUAAUGUGGACUGUGUCCUGAGCCCCAGCUCUAGGGCAGGUCCCUGUUACCAACUGGUCAGACUAUGCCCUGCCCUGCCAACUGCCAGGCCAACAUCUGCCCAGAGACCUACGCUGCCGCUAACUACACCACCAUUCACCACAUUCUAGCGACAGACCACCGCCUUUGGAGAUGAGGACCAACCUAGAAGAUGGGUUGGCUACACCUCCUUGGACAUUUAUUUGGACAGCUCACCAGCCCCCGAAGGGGCCAAUCUUUCAACCGGGUUAGUUCCCUACCUGUUUGCAGAGGUCUCCCCUGCGCCACCAGAUUGCUGCAGGGGCCUAGUGUGCCUGGCAGCCAAAUUGUUGACAUUUCUUUUCUCCUAUGCACUAGUUUUGCACAGCUGUCAUUUUUCUUUAUAAAUUGCAGCAGUCUAAAAAGAAAAACAGGCACUCAGCCAAGCUUCUCAAUACUACCUGGAAAAAGUACUUGCGUUCUUUUCAAUAAAUAUCAAGCACUACGAAAAAAAACAAAAGGAGUGUCUUUAAUGGUUAAGUGCUAUCACUGGCCCCGACCACUCUCACUCGGCCUCCCAUUUUUCCCAUUGAGAUCCGGGAACUUAGGUCAAUCCCAGAAUUCCCCACGGUCAUCUCUAGGCUACAGAGGACAGCUACCAUAGGGCUUUAGAGGGAUUUUGGGGCCUCCAGGGUGGCACACCAUCUCUAACUGGGACACUUGGGAGUGAAAGGGGGUGCUAUUAAUUAGGCUGGGACAACAGGAAUAAUCUGGACACAUACAGUGUUCCUAUCUUCUUGAGCCUUUGGUUUCCUUCCUCAACCCUGCCAGGGAAAUUUGGCCCCUUAAUCCUUUAUUGCCUGUGGGGUGCUGUUGAAUUCAGGCUUUAAUUAACAAUGGAGCACAUUAUUAUAAUACCCCUUUCAGGUGCUUGAGCUAACAUUAAAUCCUGGAUCCCUGGUAUGUGCACCACGAUAGCCUGAUCUGAACGUUUUAUCCAGCUUGGGCAGACACCCUUAGAAUCCUUACCCAUUCAUGUGCCCCAGAUUCCUGCCUAAGAAUUUGGCAAGAUGCCUGGCUAGCUCCUGAACUAAACCUUGUGCUGCUGAACUAUGCUGAGAUCUCUUUAAGGGCUCAGAGGUAUUGAAGGAGUAGGGUGCUGAGAAUAAUCUGCAUACUUUUGUGAGGUCCUUAUCCCAGGUUAAGUCAUUGAAAUAUUAGAGAAGCUGAGUUAGGGGAUUUAGGGGGCUACCCCAGGGUGCCAGGAACUUUCAGGAGGAUUUGAGGAGUUCCGAGUUCUCAUUCUCAUCUCCAUCUGCCCAAAUGUCAUUGUAUCAUGCCUGGAGCUAGCUCUACCUUAGGAACUCUUAACGAAUUCAGGUA